UAGAAGAAUUACUAUUUUUUAAAGCUUAUAUUGGUCAAGGCCAACACGAAAUCAAAAUCAUUUAGUGAGACGUAAAUGCGAGACCUUGAGCGUGGUGGGGUAAUAGAGGCCCGUUGUUUACUAUCGAGACUGAACUAGACAUCAUGUAAGCCUGUUUUGGUGUGAGGACUCGACAUACAAAUAUUUCACAGCUCAGUUAAUUUGCCACUGAGGAAUUACGUGGUCACGAUCAUCAUGGUGGAGCCUAUUUUCGAUUAUCAGUUCAGAAUCAUUAUUAUUGGGAAUAGCACUGUUGGCAAAAGUUCACUGCUCAAGUAUUUUACUGAUGGAAGAUUUGCAGAGGUUUCAGAUCCCACAGUUGGUGUAGAUUUUUUUGCAAGAUUACUGCAAGUUGAAGAUGGUACCAGAAUAAAGCUACAGUUGUGGGACACUGCAGGCCAAGAAAGGUUUCGAUCUAUCACAAAGUCAUAUUUCAGGAAUUCGGUUGGUGUACUUUUAGUCUAUGACAUUUGCUGUCGGAAGAGCUUUGAGAAUGUUUCCAAUUGGAUGGUUGAAGCUAAAUCACAUAUUGAGCCACAUAGAGCAGUAUUUAUUCUUGUUGGAUGUAAGCUUGAUUUGAAAGACCAAAGACAAGUGUCAACUGAAGAAGCUGCAAGGUUUGCUGACUUCAAUGAAAUGCCAUUUGUGGAAACCUCUGCCAAAACCGGUGAAAAUGUGGAAGAAGCUUUCCGUAUUGUUGGUCAAGAAAUAUACAACAGGGUGCAGUUAGGUGAAUACUCCAUUCACGACGGUUGGGAUGGUGUCAAAGCGGGUUACAGAAGAGCAGGCCGGGAUUAUGGUCUUGUAGAAGCUGAAGCUGCCAAGACAACGUGUUGCUGAAUCAUUUCUUGAUUUUCUUCCUUAAGUUUUUUUUUUAGACAUUGUACAUUUACAUGACAUGACGUUCUUCUAUAGGGAAACUUGUACAGGUAAAAAUUCAACGACUUUAUAGGCUCAAUCUUACUCUGAAGUUCCCAUAACCAUUUAGUGGAGAUGCCCCACAGCAAGAUUCCAAUUGCUAUUAACCACGUGAUUAUGUUUUGUCCGAACACGUAGUCUUUGAAACCCCUAUUGCUUCGUGAUUCUUUCUUAACAAUUUUGAGACUUUAAUCACUACGCUUAAGUGGCGUAUAAAAUAUAACAUUAAUAUUGAACGUAA